AGCCCUGAUCUCAACUUGAUUCAAGCCUCUGAAGAAGCAGAAACCUGCUCCUCUGUUCUGAAUGCCAAGUGAAAUGACUAUGCUGUUUGGACGGCCUUGAUGGAAAAGGCUAUUGAAAUCACCUUGGAUAACUGCAUUGAUCCAUCAUCACCAAGAACGGCAGGAAGGCAACAACGUCACAAAAACAUUCCAGCGGAUACUCCAUCAGCAUAUUGGAAAAGGGCAAUAUAUUUGCCAUUUCAAGAUCACCUCGUUACAGAGGUCAAUGAAAAGCUCAUGGUGCCACUACCAGGCCUCCAGGCUCAGCUCCUUAUCCCAGGUAAAUGACAUUGCAUUAGUUACAAGAAUUUUGUGGAUCAUGUUUAUUUGACCACUCAGUUGUUUAGCACAUAGAUCACAAAUUACUGUUCUUGCUUAUGGGAAAGCUUGGCAAGUUGACGAAGGAAAAAUUGAAGUCAAUCCAUGCACACUACGGUGGUGACAUGGCCAUCGAUUUGGAAGAGUUCAAACUUGAAGUGAACAGAUGGAGGUACCGCUGGUCUAUCAGGGAGCCAACCGAUCCUCUCCCACAGAUGUUGGUAGAAACUCUAGAUGUAGCUAAUGCUGCAUUCUACCCCGAAAUCUAUGUAGCAGUAAAAAUGCUCUUGAUGUAUCCUGUGUCGGCAUGUGCUGCUGAGCGCAGCUUUAGUUCGAUGUAAAGGUUGGAGAUACCACUACAAAACACGAUGACCAACCAUUGCCUUUCAUCGUUAGCAAUAUUGUGCAUCCACAAGGAAAAGGAAAUCAAUGUUGAGAGUGUGCUCAACCAGUUUGCACAGCACAAAGAAAGACACCUCGCUCUUUGCUUAUAAAUGAUAUCUGUACUAUAAAACGAAAAAUGCUGCUGAGCACAUGCUUGAGGAUCCACAACCAAAACAAUGUUAUGUUUGCACCAAGUUUGCUCAAAAUAAGGGCAAGUCACUUUGUUCUUUGCUUUUAUUCACACAACUAUUUCGAACAAGAAAUAAAGAAUGCAGUCUUUUUCGCUCAGUUUACUUAGGUUUCUAAAUCAUAUGUACUUGUGCGUACUUCAAAAAAUGACCAUGCUACGCACCUGUCACUAUGUUGUAGUUGUGAUCAGCCAUCUGUGAAAAGGAGGCAUUGCAAAAAUUUUGUGCAGUCUGUAACAGGUUAGCAACGGAAAAAAUACAAAUAUCUUAACGCUAAUACGAGCAUGAGCAAAAACGAAGGACAUGUUUGUUUCUACUCUAUUGUGCGGGUCAAAAAUGCUAAAGAGCACUACAUUGGGGGAGCUCGGAUUUUGUAAUCAAAAAUCUACCCAAGAUGACCUCCUUUUGACAGAUUUCGGAGUACGAUUUCUGAUCUGUGGGGUGACCAUAGGGUCCUUUUGUUUAUAUUGUGACUUAUGAUGCAUCUCACACUGGCAUUAUUGAGCCCUUUGUGGAUUUGUUGUGUGAGCAAAUUUUGCGGGUUCUGGCUUUUAAUUGCAAGAUAUGUUUAACUCUCGAAGCACCUGUAACAGCCAAGAUGCUGUCUUUUUUGCGGCCAGUGUGAUGGAUAGUUCGUCCUUAUUGGAGAUUCAUCACAUCUUGCUGUCAAGCUCUUUGCAACCCGUAGCUGGUUCCACGCACAGUGCAUCAACUGUUGUUGCAGGUAACGUACCUCUUCACCCUGGCAAGUGUGUGGGGCCUACUCUAGUGCUUGCUGUCCUGGGCAUCGAGUUAGAUUCCCUUGCUCAGGUGGCACGUCUCCCUUAAGGAAAGCUGCAGGCUUUGAAAGAGCUGAUUCAUUUGUGGCUGCUUAGGAAAUGGUGCUUUAGGUCCAAACUGAAUCACUCAUUGGCCAUUUGCAUCAUGCGGCUAAAGUGGUAUGGCCAGGCAGGACAUUCCUCCACCAUAUGAUUGACCUCUUAAGUUGUUUUUGCAAUAAGGAUCAUCCCAUUUAGUUAAACAAAGAAUUCCAGUUGUUAACACUAAAUUACCUGCUAUACUCUCCCACUGACGCAGCACCACAGUUUCUUUAGAAACUUACCCCUCGAACCAAUAUGUAAAUUGGUCCCCUUACGGAAAGGGUCAGUCUUUGACACCUUGAUGGUGACACGCAUACAAGAAGGUGACAAGGCUCCAUCCAAUUCAAUAUCCUGCACAGUCAAGUGAAUUGAAGAAGAGAAGCUUGCAAGAUGGGCACUGUAAACUCAGCAGCACGGACAAAACCAAAGUACCCCAGUGUGCACGCUGCUCAAGACAUGCAAUGAUCCUGGAGGUGCAUGUUCAAGGACUUCCAGAUUAACAGCAUGUGGCUAUCCAUGAUGGGCAGACGAUUAGACAACAAAGAACCCUAGGAUUGCUUAAUCCCACAAAUGACCUGUUGCAAGCGCAGACAGUUCUGUAGAGGAUCUGGUAACCCCUGCUCAACAUGAAGCGCACAGACACCAGACAUAUAGACCUUGAUAGUCAAAUGGUGUAUGAAUCUCACCAGAAAAGUUGCAAACAGACACAGAGUCUAUUCAUCAGUGGGACAAGGCGACCCAGAGGGAUGAAGCUUGCCUAGCUGAAGACAAAAUUUGAAGAACUUCCUUUGAGCGGUUGCAUAAGUCUUGCCAGUGGAUAGGGCUAGGCCAUGCAUAAGGAAAGUGUGACACUGCUGUUCUAGAGAAAACUGAUCAAUUCCAACAGAAGCUGGGGAGAGACUGGUGUUGGGGUUGACUGAACACCUGCAGCCAACUGUCAAAAUUCCUGCCAAUGGAAACAAGAAAGAGCAUCAGUGAUUUGACUGUGGACACCUGGGAUGUGUUGAGCUGAAAAGAAGAGGCUAUAGUGUGUGACAGAGAGUAACAAAUUGUGGAGGAGUUGCAUGAGGGAUGGAAUCUUUGAGGUCAUUGAAUUCAGCAUUUGGACCAUUGCCUCAUUGUCUAAGCAAAACAAGACAUGCUUUUUGCACCACUGUAGCCCCCAGACGUGGCUGCCACUACCACUGGAAAUAGUUCCUUAACAGCAAUGGAUUGCUCUGACGAAGGGCUAACACUCGAAACGUCAGCUUUUUUACCCUUUACGGUGGCUAAUUUACAUUUUCAACCCAGUUGUUAACACUAAAUUAGCUACAUAUUGGUUCAGGUAGCCAUCUGCUCUGUGCAGUGUAGGCUAUGUUGGCUUAUCUCUCUGUUCAGGGGAGCACCCCAGGUCCUCUUUUCAUACUUCAAGAUGGUCAUCCUCUAUUUUGCACACUUCUCACAGACUGGCUUUGGCAGAUCUUCUCUGCUGUUGGCAUAUCUGGAAACUUUUUCACCUAUAGUUUCUGCAUAGGCGUAGCAACAGUCGCUGCUCAUAAUGGGGUUCCAGAUUGCCUAAUUCAGUCUUUAGGGCAGUGGUCAAAUAAUGCCUACCAGUUAUAUACAAGGACACUGGCUGAGGCCCUGGUAUCCCUUUCUCAGAAACUGACCUAACUGGUUCAUCACCCUCUCAGCAUGGAGAAACCCAGUGGUGGAUCAUUGGUACCAGUGAGGUAUGUCUUAUUCUAAGACUGGGCUCACCUUUUAGAAUCUGUGAUGUUUGGGGUUGUUGGGGAAGUUUGGAGGUCCCCUGGGCCCCCUCCUGUUUGUGGGUUCCUCCUCUCUCCAUGCACCUUGGAGGGCUGUGUAUUUUGGGUGGUUCCCACUCACAAGGUUGCCAUGGAUACCUCCUUGGUAUGCAUGAGGCAUUCAGGCUCCCGUCCAACCUUUAAGGCACCAGUUCUCAAGCUCAUCUAUUGGUGAUGGGUUUAAUAGAUUUUCAAGCCCUUUACACACUUUCUGAUUUUCCCUGUGCUACUGUAGUUUUUAUGGCUGGCUACUAAAAAAUACGUGAAGAACACUGAUGAAGAAAUGAAAUGUGAUGAAAGUUUGCUUGCAUUGUUGUUUCGGCUAGGCAACAAUUGAAAGCAAAUUGGACAUCUGAAAGGAAGAUAAAAUAGCUAAGGCUAUCUAUAAUAUUAAUGCAUAUUUCCUCAAAUCUUUGCCAUCCUCUUGCUAUUUUCAUGUCUGUCUUCUUUUCAUUUCAGUGUUAGAGAAAUAUUUUCCUAUCAAAUUUCACCAAUCUUCACCUUUAAAGUGAGGCUUGUAGGGAAAAUUAUGUACUACUAUGCAAUAAUGCAUAAGACCUACCCAUAAAAUUCACAGAACUAGCAAAUUAUGUACUACCUGGACUCAAGAUGGAGUAUCAAAUGUAUUAAGAAUGUUUGGAUUUCAAUUGUUUCUGGUUUCAAUUCCUUUUUUUGCUGUUAUAAUAACUGUUAUUUUACCUUUAAUUCUGUCAGUAUUGGCUGAUGGAAAUGCACACAGUAGAAUAUCAAUUUGUGAAGAAAUUCAAACCCCCCUAAAAUGGAACUGAUGAGUCAAGAGAUCAGUUGCAUGAAAAAUUUCAAUGUUUUUUUAUUUUUCUCUUUGGACAAUUCUCAGUCUUUUCAGUUACCUUCUCCACACCUGUUGGUGUCAUUUAUAGCAUACCCUAGAAAAUCCCUUUAAAAUAAUAUAUCAUACCUGGUCCAAUGGUUCAUCAUUCUCAUUUCAGAAAAAAUUUGGCAUUUCCCUCAUGCAGUAAAGGUUUAAGAAAGGAUAUGAAAUUCAAUGCUAAAAGUUGAUCUUUUAAGAUAGAAAAAAAUCAGCCCAAAAAAUCUCCCUCGACUUAUACAUGAAUCAUACACAAAGACCUGACCCAUGCAAUCCAAGAAAUAAGCAUAAGAAUUGCCUGAAGUCUGUUAUGAAAACCAAGUUUACAAAACCAGUUUUAAUUGUGUUUGAGUUUCGUCGGGCAGCGCAUUCUUUGUCAACAAAAAUGCUUGAAAUAAUACAUUCUAAGAGGCUUAAACCCAUUAUUUAACCCAUCUACAUGGUCAGAACUACAAAAGAUAUAUCAAUAUAUUUAUACACAUGCAUUUUUUUAUUUUUAUAUUCCUUCUUGUAUCCAUUCUCCGAAAAAUUCCACUCUAGCCUCCUCCUCUUUAGAUGAAAACUUGUCAGGAAAUGACAUUCAAUUUCAAUUCAACAAAUCAUAACUUGCCUCUUUCCUUGGGGACAUUCAUUGCCAGAGCAUUUCUCAUUUGUUUGGCAAUGUUACUUACCUAACUAAGAAGAAAAAGAACGACUAAUUAUCUCUGACAUUGGCUUUAUUAGAAAAAGAGAGAUCGAAAACUGCGCUUCCCUCAUAAACUGACAGAAACUGAGAUUACACCCUUAAUCCCCCUAUUUCAUCAAAUGUCCUCCAUGUUUUUCCUUACUUAAAACAAAGAAUAUUAUGGGAUGCUACGUAACUAGGGACAUCAUUAGGGGUUAUCAAUAUUUUUAUAUCAAUUACUUGUGAAUUGAAGAUGGCAGCUGCUGCUUCGGAAUCUAGAGUUGUAUUAUUGAAUUGUGGCUCUUUCAAUCCUAUCACUUUCCUACACCUGAGGAUGUUUGGUAAAGAUGCAAUGUUUGAGGAGUAUAAUAUUUUUUAUUUUCAGUUAUUUGUCGAUCAUUUUCCAUUCCCCAGUUCAUCCAGCUCUUUGAAGAUUCUUGCUUUUGGUUUGACUUUUCAGAAAUUGCUCGUGAUGCUCUGCUCAAAACAGGUAUUUAUACAGUGGUACAAGGAAUAUUGUCUCCGGUUAAUGAUGGAUAUAAGAAGAAGGUUAGUAAAUUGGAAACUGCAAUUUAAUCUUUUGUCAACAAGUUUCAGGUUUUUAUUGGGAUUUAUUGACGUAUUGUUUUCUAAAAGUUUGCCAAAGACACCUGAUUUCAGCUGGCUCCUGUCUCUGAAUAAACUAUUAUUACUAGUAUUUAAAUAAAUCUUUUGAACCAAAAGACAGACCACCAUUUUAAUACAAAAAAUCUUAAAAUUCACACAUAAAUUAACUGAUCGACAUUUGCAUCCUAUCACAAAUAAAUGGUUUUUUGUAUAACAAUAGAUUUGUACCUACCAGCUUACUGACUGUGUCCAUCUGAGGAGAGCCAAGUAUAAGAUAACUCAAAAUGACUACUUUAAGCAACUUUUUCUCAGAUCUAGUCUGAUUUUUCGAAUUCAAUCCCACUAGGGCCUAAUUGAAUCUGAACACAGAAUACAAAUGUGUAGACUAGGAGUUCAAACGUCUGAUUGGAUAAGGUAACAUCUUUGACUUUGGUUCAACUUUCUAUGUUGUUCUGUCACAUUGUGACAUUUCCUGAUAAUUUUUUUUGUGCAGUGUGGAUAACUGGGAGAGUGAGCAGGCUGGUUGGACACGAACAGCAAAAGUUGUAAAGCAUGUUGCUGAAGAUGUUGUUACUAAAUUUCCAGGUAAUUUACAGUAUACUGUCGUGUAGUAUAUUUGACCAAGUAGAGAGAAGGUUGACAUGGAUAACUAACAAAUAAAAGGAAACCUUUUGCUUUCUCUGGUACUUAAAUCAGUUUAGAUAGAAUUUAUUAAUUAAGUUGAUGGAGAGAAAAUGAUUAAAAGCCCCAGCCUGUAAAUUUCUGGCUGGUUAUUUUCAUAGGAACAGAGUAUGCUCAUCGAUCUUAUGGAACUUAGCCAUUGCUUGAGAUUUGAGGGAAAGAAGGGACAGUUGUAAAACUUUGUAGCAUGAAGUUACUAGGAGUCUAACUGCUCCUCCUUCCACUGAUAGUCCUUCACAGGUUACCCUCUAGUAUUUUGUAAGGUUUCCUUGAUGAUUCCUUUGUGAUUCCUUUCUAAUUCCAUUGCACCCUUGGGUGGAUAGAACACAGUGAGGGUUAAAACAGUCUUGACCAAGAAAACAAUGAUCCUGGCUAGGUUUUGAACUCAGACAAUUCUGCUCAGAGUUAAGUGUGUUACUCAUUAGACAAGCAUCAUGUGUCUAGCUUCUCACACAGACACUAUGUGGGUAUUGUCAUAUUUUUGUAAUGAGUUUAAACAGCCAGGUUAAUUAAACAAUAGAACAAGACUAUGUUGUUUAAUAAAUAUAUGUUAUUUGCUGGCUCGGAGGUCUGUAUGGUGAAAAGUUUUUCACCAUACGGAUUGACCCUUAGCUGGUAAAUAACAUAUUUAUUUUUUUUAAACUUGACGAAAUUCUUCCCGAAAGAACCUGAAUGAUUUAGGGCUGUAAAUACGGCAAGGUCUUCCAUAAACUGAACAAUUUUUGAGCGAGUAAAUGGUAGUUGAAAUAGAGGUGAUGCAAGUUAAAGAGAGAUACCUCACCAAAACAUUUUCAUUUCUGUAAUGAUAAAGGUGAUUUAAAAGGCUUCCAAACAAACUUUGAAUCAUUAUUUUUACAAGUAUCUGUCACAAUCUGACACUUGUCAAUUAGGGAGCGUGUUAGAAAAAAAAGCACUAGAACAUCUAAAAAACAAUGGAACUAGUUUGGCAAGGACUGUCACAACAAUGUUUUCUUCAAAAACAGUCAUUGAUGUAAUGGAAAGUAUUGUUCACUCUCAUCGACGAUUCAUUUGUGUACGAAGAUUUACCUCUGUUCAUUAAGUAAAUGGCAAGGAAAGUAAUUGUGUGUAAAUUCAAAUUUUUUAUUUUGAAGUUGUGAGAGUUUGUUCAUUUGUUUGUUGCAAUGGCACAUGUAAAUCUGCUCUUUCCUCCACAAAAACUAAAUUUGAAUGGCACACUCCAACGAAACAGACAGGGAUUUAAUGUGGCCUUUUCUCAUUAAAUUCCUUCAGUUUCUGUUGUGCAAUUUACGGUACAAAUGUCUAAAUUGAACAGACUUGGAAAGACUCACAGAGAGCAUAAAUUUGUUGUAGAACUUAAAUUGAAACUUUGCUUGCUCUUUCACUAUGAACAAAUUGUUUGAGAAAAUUCAGAUAUUAAAUGAAUGAAAGUUCCAUUGUUCAGUUAAACUGUAACCAAAUACUUCACAUUUUAACUUUCUAUGUACUUUUUGUGAACAAUUGAAAUUAAUUGCAGAUGGUUUUUAGGCCACUUGUCAACCAACGUAAUGACACUAUUGCUUAUACAAAUUCAUUCUGAAACCAAUAUUUUUCUGUCAACCAAAGUGAUUUGAGACAGGGAAAAGAGAGGAUUCAUAAGUUAUUUAUCAGCUUGAGGUAGUGAUGAUGUGUUUGCUUAAAAAUACUGCCCAGCCGGAAAAAAGUGAUAUAUUUAUGAAAAAUGGCAAUGAAAGUUGGGAUGUACUAAGCAACUCACAAAAGCAUUACCAUGGCCCGUGGGCAGAGAUAGGAAAAUACUGACCGUGUAAAGAACCAAUCAGAUCGCAGGGUUUGUUACCAUGGCCUCUUAAAAAAAUAAUAGUCAUGGUGAUAUUUCCUACUUUUCUAAACCUCAAAAUCUCAGACUGCUCCAAGUAAUUUUUAUUUUUGUGAAAUAUUUUUUCCCACUAGGGUCCAGUCCCCCUACAGUGAAGUUACUUUGUGGAGCUGAUUGGCUGGAAGCACUUGCUGAACCCAAUAUUUGGGCAGAUGAAGAUGUAAGUAGUAGAAAUCUACAGUAUUUGAUCAAAGAUUGAGCUUCUGGAAUUAUAUCUUUUACAUUAGUGUACAGCCUUGCAAAGAAAGUGUUAAUUUGGCUUGAACUUGAACUGAAAUUUAUUGAACUGAAGUGCAAAUGAUUUUUCAUAAUAAGCUGAAUAGAAUGUGAAAAUUGUAGCAUUGUUACUGAAAUAAACUUUUCAGAGAUAAGACUGUUCUUACAAAGUUUUCUUUGAAUUAUUUUAACGCCUUGCAAAGAAAAUAUAAAUUUUGCUUGAAAUGAAAUUUAGUGAAUUGAAGUGCAAAUGAUUUUUCAUAAUAAGCUGAAUAGAAUUUGAAAAUUGUAGCAUUGUUACUGAAAUAAACUUUUCAGAGAUAAGACUGUUCUUACAAAGUUUUCUUUGAAUUAUUUUAACACCUUGCAAAGAAAAUAUAAAUUUUGCUUGAAAUGAAAUUUAGUGAAUUGAAGUGCAAAUGAUUUUUCAUAAGAAGCUGAAUAGAAUUGAGAAUUAUAGCAUUGUUACUGAAAUAAGCUUUUCAGAGAGAAGACAGUUUUUACAAUGUUGAACUCAACCAUUUAAUCUGUUGAUUCAGAGGCACUCUUAAGGUGUUCUCAUUUUGCUGUUUUGUUUUUGCAAAGAAACAUCCUAGAAAAUGCUGUUUUGGGUGGCAAUUGUUACACUUGGCAUUCAAGUGAGAUUGGGUAAAUAUUUCUUCUGCAGGGAAUAGUGAGUGGGGUAAUUAUUGAGCCUUUUCUUGUGAAUUGGAAGGAUGACUCAGGGGUGAUAGGUGGUGGAUGGCCAAGCAACUUCAAUGUUUCCUAUUUUUGUUAUAAAACAAUUGGUUCAUACAUCAGCUGUGCAUUCAUUGGGAUAUAAAGCACUUGGAAAGUUUAGAGAGCAAUCAAGAAGCUAGAGUUGCUCUUGGCUACACCUGGAGCAACUGUUACGUAUCUUUCUUGCUCUCCAAACUUCCUGCGUGCUUCAUAUCUUGAUAAACACACACUGACAUAUGAACCAACUGUCAAUUAAAGUAAUGUCUUGACAUAUGUUUGGCUUCUCGUGGUGAGUAGAUUGAAGAAAUUGUAGGGAAACAUGGUCUUGUUGUCAUAUCACGAGUGGGAUUCAACCCGGAAUCUUUCAUCUAUGAGUCAGAUGUCCUGACAAAAUACAUUGUAAGUUUAUAUCAACUUUGUCAAUUUCAGUGAUAUAAGUAUGUUAGUCUAGAAGGUAAUUUUUCACUCAUUAUAGCAUUCACCUGAGGAAAGAUGUGCAUGUUUCCUUUGGUUUUCAGGUAUGUUUUGUGGUCAUAGAACUUUUUACUAUUGAUUGCAGUAAUUGUUUAGAGUUAAUGGUAGUGGAUAUGUUACUUGUGGUAGAAAUCUGUUAAAGUGUCUUCUUAUUUAUGAUUUCUUGUCUAGUACAUAUCCAAGAAGUUUGAUAUAUUUUAAUUUUCUUUUUGAUUUCAUGCUCAAUAGAAUAAUAUUCACAUUGUCACCGAUUGGAUAUCAAAUGAUGUUAGUUCAACAAAAGUAAGGUAAAAUUAAUUUAUUGAUUCUGUUAACUUAGGGAGGCAAGGGAGGCAAGGAAGGCUUUCAAAGUCCUCUGCUUUUGACUAGUAAAACGACAUGACUUGUUCCAACUUCAACACUGACAUUUAGAAUCUGUAAUACAAUAUCAUAACAACAUUAAGUCUUUUCAGCAGUGCAUACAGGGGCAACUUUUUUUUCUGGGUGCAACCCAGUUUGGUUUAUUCUGAUCCCCUUGGGAGAAUGUUUACCCUCACAAACAACUCUUUUUUAUUCCAGGUAAUUAAGGCAACAACUGAAAAAAAAAGUUGAAGUAUAUUUUUUUCAUGUAGCCCCAUUAACCUCAAUCUUAUGCAGAUAUGAAAAUAUCCAUUUCCUACUUCUGCAACUGCAAAUUCAUGAGAAGAAAUUAUUUAAUCCUCCACAUCCUGAUGUCAGUAUGCAUAUUCUGCACACUGUUUCCUAUUUAUUUUCUAAGGAGCUGAAAAGGGGAAUUUGUUUAACAAUCAACAACUUCUUCUGUUGGUGAUCAUUUCCUUUAUUUUCCAUGACCUUCAUGUUUGAUUCUGGAAUGGCACUGUACAGAGAAAUUAGAUGUUUGUCACUCUUAUGGGAAGAAUAACUUAAGGAUUGAUAAAAGCAAUACAAACUUAUUAUAAUAUAAUAAUUGUUUUUCCUCUCAGGAGAGCUUUAAGAAGAAGUGAAAGUGUCAAGUAUUUGAUUCCAGAUCCUGUUAUUGACUACAUAAAGGAAAACAAGCUGUAUUUUCCAACAAAGUAGCAAGAAGAUUGAAGAUAGGAGUUAGUAACAUUACUUUCAACUCAACAAUGAUCAGUGAGUCAGAGCAAAAAAAAAAAAAAUACUUGUAUUUUAUUUAGGAUAGGAUGUACAGUGAAAUGCAUGUGGAUAUUUAAAAUCUUUUCAAUGGAGGUACAAGAAAAUUAGCUACAAGGAAGCCCGAUGUAGUAGCACACAUCAGCUCCAAGAAAUGUCAGUUAUAUUCAUGAAAUCAGAGUCAGUCAGUGGAGUAGAGCAAAUAAGUAUAACCUUGGGUUCCAGCAUUUUUUCUGAAAUAUGUAAAAACUGGGACAGAGAUUGAAUCAUUUUACAUGAGGUGUGAGAUAGGUGCACUUCUUUAUUGAGUAACAUUUGUAAACAAAACUUUUUAAUUUAUAGUUGGUUUCUCCAGGGUAAAUAGAGAAAAGGGCUUAGUUUGUG